AUGGUGUCGCGAGUAUUGGGUAUGGGCCUUCGCGCCUUCCAGCUUCUCUGCGCUGUUAUUGUCACAGCCAUGACCGGCAACAACAUUGCACGCGCCACUAAUGGCACACACUCGAUCAUCAAUUACACAUUGUUCGUCGGUGUAUGGUGGUUGUUCACACUGCUGUACUUCCUUCCUACAGCAUUUAUCGACAAGUUCGCCAUCCCCAUCGUUGAUAUGGUUUUGGAUGGACUGAGUGUACUGUUCGGUUUCUGCGCUGCUGUCGCGCUUCCCGCGUAUCUCGGUGCCCACAGCUGCUCGAACAGGAGCUACACUCUCCAUAACGGUGUUACCAACAGCUCACCUGGCCUCGAGCAGAACUGCCGCCAGGCUCAGACCGCAACUGCCUUCCUGUGGUUCGGCUGGGCUGCAUUCGUCGCUACUCUCGUCUUCUCUGCGAUGAGCGGCAAGGGUGGUGCCGUUCGUGGUGGUAUCCGUCGCGGCGGUCCCUCCAUGAGCCAGGUCUAG